UCUGUGCAGAGCUCUCCAUUCAUUUCCUGAGAGCUGCCUGCCUGCCUGCCUGCGCGCAGCAGCUGAGAGGCAGAAGGGGAGGGAGCUGCGCGCACACACACACACACACACACACACACACACACACACACACAUUACACACACACACACACGUCCAUACUCACAGAUAGGAGAGGGGGGAAAAGGAGACCGUGGAAAGGAAAACAGUCUCCACGGCUCUGCAGCUUCUGACAAGGCUGCUGAAGAGACAGGAUGUUAAUGCUCGACGGAAUGCCUGCAGUACGAGUCAAGACCGAGCCCCUGGAAUCGGAACAAGGGUCUCCCAAAGUGCGUCCUUACUCGGCGAUGGACGGCGUGCCCUUCUUCCUCAGCCGAGUGAAGGCGGAGCCUCCAGAAGACCUUCUGGCUCACGACCUGCACUUCCACACGCAGACCGAGCCGGUGGACCUGUCCAUCAACAAGCCCCGCCCCUCCUCAUCCUCCCACAUCAUGUCGUCCUCGCCGCGGAGAUCCGCCUUCUCGCCGUCGUCUCUGUCGUCGUCCUCUUCUUCUUCGUCGCCGUCCGUCAUCACCUCCGCCUCCUCGUUGCUGUCGCCGGGCCCUCUGGUGGCGCCCGGCGGCGGGAUGAGAGGUCAGCCAUAUUUGCACAUCCUGCACUCUGUGCCGCCGCCGCCGUCCAGCCCGCUGGGCCUGCAGGCUCUGGGCAAGCUGGGCAGUCACGUGCACCGCAUCCCCGUGGUGGUGCAGUCGCUGCCCCUCAUGUACACCACCGCCGUGCGCUCGCCCUCCAGCCUCAACAACGCCAUCAUGCUACCUCUGCUGGACGACGCCAAGAGCCAGGGCAAAGCGCACAUGGAGCACAACGGCCUGUCGCCACGGCAGAUAAAAAGCGACAGCGACGACGACGACCUGCCCAACGUGACCUUGGACAGCGUCAACGAGACCGGCUCCACUGCACUGUCUAUAGCCCGCGCAGUACAAGAUUCCAUGUCACCGUUCAGUAUUGACAGCAUACGUCGCCCGCGGCGGUCGGAGUCGCCCGAUUCGAAAAAGAGGCGAAUCCACAGAUGCGACUUUGAGGGCUGCAAUAAGGUUUACACCAAGAGCUCUCAUUUAAAAGCACAUCGGAGGACACACACAGGAGAAAAGCCUUACAAAUGCACCUGGGACGGCUGCACGUGGAAGUUCGCCCGCUCCGACGAGCUGACCCGACAUUACCGCAAGCACACCGGGGUGAAGCCCUUCAAGUGUGCGGACUGUGACCGCAGCUUCUCCAGGUCGGACCACUUGGCUCUGCACCGACGCCGACACAUGCUGGUGUGAGCCCCCAUGCAGCUGCCGGGGGAGCGGGAUCUCCCUGGGAAUGUUUUUCAGCAGGCCUGGAUGCAGCACAUCCAACACACAUCCAGAGAGAGAGAGAGAGAGAGAGAGCACAAAACAGGGUCAAUUUGGACUUGGAAGGAACAUCAGGAUCUUUUAAUUGUUCUGAAGCAGCACUGUUUGUAAAUGCUUGGCUUUGAUUAUUUCCGGCUGCUUUUACAGCAUUUAUAAUGUGAAAGACCCCCGUUUUUUUCUCUCCACGCUGGCUCUUUUCAAGCAGAUUGGACGCUUGGCCAGCAGAGGGCGCCACUGGAUGACAGAAGCAGCCCACAGUGGAGACCACCCUUUCAUACUGGUCCUGCCUGGCCCAUGAGACCACCCUUUCAGCUGGUCCUGGCCCAUGAGACCACCCUUUCAGCUGGUCCUGGUCCAUGAGACCACCCUUUCAGCUGGUCCUGGUCCAUGAGACCACCCUUUCAGCCGGUCCUGGUCCAUGAGACCACCCUUUCAGCUGGUCUUGCCUGGCCCAUGAGCAGCACAAAGCCAUCAGUGAGCAGGAAGGUGGGUUCACUCGCAGAUAUCCUCUUUUUUUAAUUUUUUUUUAAGGUGGACCUUUUUAGUGCUGUGAUUAGCAAUCAGAUCCGUGGAAAAAAAACAAAAAAAACAAGUGCAAUCUCACCAGGUCAUGUUUCUUUCUUGAAAUUGCUCGUGAACUGAGAACUUUGAAAACAAUCAAGAGAAUAUUUACCGCCACAGAGGCACCUUAAGGACUCUUUUGCUUUUUCUUCUUCUUCUACUCUCAGCCCAGGUUUGGAAUUUAGUCGUUUUUGGGGUUUGUUUUUUUUUGCACAGCAGCACUUGACUGUACGCCGGCUGAAGUGUUACAAAGAUGGCGGCACACAAGUGAAUACAGACGAGCAAUACUUUCUGAACACCGAGCUCCGCCCUCUUUGCGUCCUCUUUCUCGAUGUCAAGAUUUUGCUCCGCCCUCGGCUCGUUUUUUGCUCAUUUCAUCCAACGUCAACACACUUUGUCAAGUCUGGAUUUUUGAUACAUUUUGGUUGUGGCGCACUUUGUUUUUGCGGCACAAAACAGUACGCGGGGGGCCCCCGGGGGUCAGACAUGGUAUUGCUCGCUCCAAAAACAAACAAAAGCUCGGAGAAACUUACCAAAAGCCCCCUCGAAAAACACAAAUGCUCAACGUUUACGACACCAAGUCAAAAGUUUGGAGACGCCUCCCCAUUCAAUAGCAUGAGCAAGUGGGUCUAAACCAGUGGUUCUUAACCUGGGUUCCAUGGAACCCUAGGGGUUCGGUGAGUCGGGCUCAGGGGUUCGGCGGAGGUCAAGACACACCCGACUCAUCGUGUAAAUACAAACUUCUCCCUAUCGGCGUAUUAUGCUAGGUUCACACCAACGGCGCGUUAAAGCGUAACAAAGCCUGAUUAAAGCGUAACAAAGCCUGAUUAAAGCGUGAGGGUCGUAAUGGAUCGUGGGAAAGCUUGUAGUGAAGCGGGACAAGUUCGCCAAACAUUUUUAAACGGUUUUAAAAAAUUCAGCGCUCUGUCAAGGAUGGAAUAAAGCGCCGAGAGCGUAUCAAAGCCUGACAAAGUCUGACAAAGCUCAGCAAAGCUUGACUCAAAGCGUAGGAAAGCUUAACAGAUCUUGGUUCAAAGCGCCGACCUCAGUCUACAACUACAAAUAGGAAGGGACUGUGAUAUUGACUAGUGACAUUGAAUAUAAAAAAUAAAAGAAAUGCCUUUUAUUGUUGUCAACUAGCAUAAGAAAUGAAAGAUAUAUGUUUAUUAAGAUGACAAAGAAAUAAAAGAAAUGAAGAUAUAAAACAUAAUAAAUACCGUAAUUUCCGGACUAUAAGCGGCACCUGACUAUAAGCCGCACCAGCUAAAUUUAGGGGAAAAUACAGAUUGCUCCAUAUAUAAGCCGCACCCGACUAUAAGCCGCAGGGUUUUGAUGUGUAAUUAGCGUAGUAUAUAGGGCUUCCUGCUACCACGGAGGGGAUUGUCGGGACAGAGAUGACUGUUUGGGAACGCAAAGCGUCCCAUUUAUUAACUAUAAAUCUUUCAAUCAUUCAAUCAAACUUUCACAUCUUUGACAUGGCGAACAGCAUUCGUGCAGAGUACAAAUAAUACAACGGUGCAAAGUAAUACAAAGUGCUCGCCUGUACGUUAUCAAAAUAACCAGCCUACCGGUAUAUGAAAAGUCAGUCUUUAAUCAUUGUGUCAUCGUCUUCCUCCUGCGUACUAAAACCACCCAAAUCCUCUUCGUCGGUGUCGGAGAAGAACAGGCCGUAUAUAAGCCGCACCCUUGUAUAAGCCGCAGGGACCGGAACGAGGGGAAAAAGUAGCGGCUUAUAGUCCGGAAAUUACGGUAAUAAACAUAAUAUAACGGGAAAAAAAGAGAAAUUUAAAAAAUAAAUGAAUAUAAAAAAUGUGUUGAAAACAGUAUACUGAGUUUUUCACUUUUUUUUAAACUUAUUUGUUUAUCAUAUUUCUCUUUUUUAUUACAGUAUGUGUUUUAUCCUGUGUAUAAUAAAACAAAAAGAGAAAUCAAAUAAAUAGAUAAAUCUAAAAAAAUGUGGGGAAAACUUAGUAUACUGAGUUUUUCACAUUUUUUUUUUACUCAUUUGUUUAUCAUAUUUCUCUUUUUUAUUACAUUAUGUGUGCGCACGCAAUUUAUUCAUCAAAUUCACAAAAUAAUAAUCACAGCAUCUUCCAAAUUGCACAUAACUAUAUAACAAUAUCACAUUUCAAAGUCAUUAUUACAAAUGAAUGUUCAUAAUGUUCAUGACACGUUAAUUCCAAUGCACAACAGAGCUUGAUAAUCGUGUCGGAGCCUGAUUUAAAGCGUCAUGGAUCGCAUCAAAGCAUAAUAAAGUUCAAUAAAGCGUAAUAAAACGUAUCAAAGCGUGAUUUAAAGCGUAUCAAAGCGGGAUCAAAGCGGCAUCAAAUCGUGAGGAACGGUAAUUCGUCCCCCCAAAGCGGCAACUAAUUCGUAUCAGAGCGUAUCAAAGCAUAACUUUACUUCGGAGAUCGGGAUAUUCGUGGAAAAAUUGACAAAAAUGACGGCGCUUUGCUCGCCGCUUCAAAGCGCGGCAAGCGCCGUUGGUGUGAACCAGGCAUAACGGAUACGGCAACAGCUGACUGAUUUGCAGGUGUGUCAUUUGUUGUGGGUUUAUGCACUGUGUUGGGUUUGUUGUUUGAACAAGGUGAUGUUCAUGCACGCUUCAUUUUGUGCACCACUAAUAAAACAUGGUAACACUUUAGUAUGGGGAACAUAUUCACCAUUAAUUAGAUGUUUGUUAACAUGCAAAUUAGUAACAUAUUGGCUCUUAACUAGUCAUUAUUAAGUAUUUAUUAAUGCCUUAUUCAGCAUGGCCUUAUUAUAACCCUAACCCUCUAACCCUAACCCUUACCAAAUAACUCUAAAUUAAGUCUUUGUUACUUAGAAUAUGUUCCCCAUACUAAAGUGUUACCAAAAACAUAUAACUUUGUCUUGAAUUUGAAAAAAAAAAAAACAUUUUAUUUUUCACUAAAGAAGGGUUGGGUGAAUGCGCGUAUGAAACUGGUGGGGUUCGGUACCUCCAACAAGGUUAAGAACCACUGCUCUAAACCUUUGACCGGUCCAGUGUCGUAAUCAUAACAAUAAUACGUAUUGAUUAAUUACAGUGGAAACUCUUAAGGCUUGUAUCUCCAAACAAUUCUCCCCCGUAGGAACGCAAUUAGUCUGUUCCGGCGUCAAUUGUAGCCUAUACAUGUUUAAAGUAACAUUUGAACAUCUUUAAUUGACAAAAAGUCUCCAGUAUGACAACAAGCAGUAUAGCAGCAAGCUAGCGAACGGAACAAGGGAUGUGAGGAAACUUAUAAAGAAAUAAUAAUAAUAAUAACCAAAUAACCCCCAAAAAUGAUCUUGUUUUUUACUGAACCUCUGAGUUUUCUGUUCAAAUUUUGCAUCAUUCAAAAAAAUGACUUAAUAUUAUCAAUAAUAAUAAUGGCAUUUAGGUAUGAGGGGCCGUUAGGGUAAUCAUUCAGAAUGACCUCCUACAUACACUACUGAAAUGCUCUCACAUAAACAACUGAAAUGUUUUUCUCUCACAGGUAUGAGGGGCCGUUAGGGUAAUCAUUCAGAAUGACCUCCUACAUACACUACUGAAAUGCUCUCACAUAAACAACUGAAAUGUUUUUCUCUCACACUCACUACUGAAAUGUUUUUCCCUCACACACACUACUAAAAUGCUCUUACAUACACUACUGAAAUGCUCUC